AUGGCGGCAGCACAAGCACAAAGAGCCCCGGACAUCCGCUACUCUGAUGUGGCAAGAUAUGUGAGCCUGUCGUUGAUGAAGGAGCCACCACGGCCGAAGUCGCAGGUCCGACUGGACCCACUCAAGGAGGUGGCGGCCCCACGCAUACUGGCAUUACCUCCCAGUGGAGCCAAGGACGAACAGGUGGAUCGCAUGAAAACGCAACUGGCGUGGCUCAAAGCCCAGCAGAAGGCGGAGAAGGAAGAGCUCCACAGGCUCGAAACUUGCCUCUCUGACUCCAUGCUGCUGGAGAAGAAGGUGCACAAGAAAACUGUCAAGGACCGCGAGAAGUUCGAGUUCCACCAGAAACAUGCAGCUCAAGUCACCGAGCAGAUCCAAGCUCUUCAGGCAGCGUUGCAGGAAGCCUCGAGAAAGCCUGAGGUCAAUGCAGUGCAGGUCACGAGCCCUGCAAGACCGCCAGAGUCGGAAGCUGGCAGGAGUAAUCAAUCCCCACCUGCAGACGAGAAGCCUGCAAGUGAACUGCGGUCGCAGACUGCACCAGAGCUGGACCGCAAACGGGUCGACGUCGUAGAGGAAGAGCCCGAGGUGGCCGAGGACUCGCACAUUACCCUCAAGGAAUAUUUUGACGCUGCUGACCAGCGACAAAAAGAGAAGGAAGCAAAGCUCACGCAGGCGCAGCUGAUGAGCGCUUCCGCGAGAUCACAGAACUCGUCGGGGAUGCGAAGCACCUUCCACAGCACGAAUCAGAGCGGCUUCUUUCGGCGGCCGCAGCUGAGCCCCGAGGAGCUCGCUCUGCGGCGGGAGGAGCAUCGUCAGGCCAUCCGGCGUGAGCUCAUAGAAAGAUGCGGGGGCGCCCCACGUGCAGCUUUCAAAAAGCUGGACUUGAAUGGCAGCGGUAAUAUCAGUUCGCAAGAGUUCGCCGACGGAGUUGGAAGGAUCGGUGUGAACUGGCAAGCCAUCACUGGUAUGCAGCGAUCCAGAGAUCUCUUCCAGCUGUUCGAUGUGGACAAAGAUGGCGUCAUCAUUUUCAAGGAGCUCUUUCCGAACCUUGAUGACAAGGAGCCCGAGCGAGUGAAUACGCCAGAUUUCUGGAAGAAGUGGGUGCUCCAGAAGUGUGACGUUGAGAAUGCGCGAGACCCAAAGUGGCAGCCGCAGACCCCAGAGGCAGAACUUGAGCAGCUCUUCAACACCUCGGAAAGCCACGAAAAUGCAGCACAGCUUCGAAAAUGGAUGGGUGCCACGAUCAGGCGCCUCAAGAACAGAGGCAAAAGCGAUGCGCGCUGCCGAGAGAUCGUGGCCGCCCACCUGCCGCGUGGUACUGGGCCCAAGGACCGCGAGGAUGUACAGACCUUCAGUUCUGCUGAAGUCAAGCUCUGCAAGAAGACAUACAAUGAUGAGGUGAACGAUCCUGUGCGGAACAUCCAGAAGGUGUUCUAUGACAUGCGAGAGCAGCGACGGGUCUUGCAUGACUCGCGCCAGAAGCUUUGGAUGGUGACCAUGGCACCCCUGGAGCGCGCCAAACUGGAGGAGGACAGGAAGUCUGCGGCUGCAGCGGUGGGCCUGUCGCUGGGCGGCCUCGGCGGUGGCAUCGGCGCCAGCAGCGGCAGCACCAAGGAGCCAUCUGAAGCCCCUGCACAGGCAAAGAAGUCUCUGAAGAUCAUCGCUCAGCAGAGCAAAAUGGACGAAGAUGCCAUCGAAUUCCUACACAAGGAGUUCGCGGCUCAAGCUGACAAAAGCGACCUGAUCCUGAAGAAGGGCUUUGCGCGGCUGCUCAAAGGACUUUGCCUCGGCCGCACCAUCUCCGAGAGCGAUAGCAACUACUGGUGGGAGCAGGCGCUGCGUACGAUGCCACCUCCGGAGGAUGGUCGCAAGGCGCAGGUGUUGGACUUCGAGCGCUUCGCUAUGUGGUAUUCGACAUCGGAGGUGAUGUUCAGUAUGGCGGCGCAGCGCCGAAGUGGAGUUGAGCUUAGUCGAUGGAUUGAAGCGGCAUGGUGCCUGAUGACUGCCCAGCAAGUGACCUCGGCGCGAUAUCGCCUCGCGUGCCCUCGCACAUUUCUUCACGCAGCCCGCGUUGGCCUGGAUGUCGGAAACGGAGACUUUGACGUCAGAUGUCCGUUGCCAGCCGACGUCUCCCAGGCUUUGUCGAAGCUGGAGCCCCGUGGACCAGAGGGGCGAAGUCAGUUGAAGAUGCCGGACUGCCACUUUGCAGACGCUUCUUUCGGCGGAGGCGUGCUAUUCUGGCUCAAGAAAGAGGGGCAGCCCUCCCAGAAGGAGCUCUCCCCGGAGAAGCCCCCCAAGGAGGAGCCCUCCAAGGAGAAGCCCCAUUGCCAGGCGCAGCAGGAGAAGCCCGGCGAGACGCAGCCGCAGCCGAAGCCCUCGGAGGGGCAGCCCAUUCAGAAGACGGCGAAGCCGAAGUCGUGGCAGUUUUCGUGGAAGCCCGAGACGGAGUCCACCACGAAGGAGUCCUCCCCGGAGAAGCCCUCCAAGGAGAAGCCCCAUCCCCAGGCGCAGCAGGCGCGCACUCGCUUGCUAAGCAUCAUGCAGCUGGGGAAGAGGGGCGGUCUUCUUCUUGCAAGGACACUGCUGCUCAGCUGCAACUGCAAGCUGUACUCCAAGUGCACCAACUUUCACCCCCAGGAUGAAGCUGAGAAGCAACGCUGGCUUGACGACUACUUUGCCACCAAGUGCAUGCUCGGAGAGCGCUGCACGACACCUGCUUGCCUUUACAAUCACCCUGGACAGAUCCGGGGACAACCUCCGCCUGGCGGGACCGUAGAGGAUGCAGAGAGCCAGGAUGUAGCCUACAAGGCAGAGAAGGCAGCGAGAGACAAGCUCAAGCAAGCGCAGGAUGCCGCCCUGAGCAAAAGCAAGACCGAGGAGAAGGCGCCGAGGCAACUGCAUGAGGCAGCAGCGAAUGCAGCAGCACAGUUGGGGCUAAAUCGUCCUCCGCCUCCACCUGCACCCGCAGGUUCCACUCCGCAGCCGCCCGCUCUCGCAGCAUCGGCACCAGCCCCGCCACCACCGCCGGCAGCCGAAGAUCCCAUGGAAGCGGAGAUUCGUCGUAUGAUGCAGCAACAGCAAGAGGAAUACCAAGCCAAGCAGAAAAGUGGUGGCAGCAUGGGAGAGCCAGAGCCAAGGAGCCACAAAGCCGAGAAUGGUCGUGGCGGCUCUGGAUGCGGUUGCCGCGGCUGCUCUGGCUGUGGCUUAGGUGGCUGCGGUGGUUGCGGCGGCUACAGCGGCUGUGGCGGCUGUGGCGGCUGUGGCGGCUGCAGCGGCUGUGGCGGCUGCGGCGGCUGCGGCGGCUGUGGCUGUGGCAGCUGUGGCGGCUGCAAUUCUGCCUGCGGAUGCGGUGGAUGCGGGACAUCAUGUGGAGGUGGUUGCGGCCCGUGUGGAGGAUGUGGUCCCUGCGGCAAAGGCAGCGGGUGUGGCCCAUGCGGUGCAUGUGGCGGUUGUGGAGGUCCAUGUGGUUGUGGCUGCGGCUGCAAAGGUGGCUGUGGGUGCGGGCCGCAAGGCUGUGGAGGAUGUCAGGGCUGCGGAUGUGGCGGUGGAUGCUGCAGUGGUUGUGGAGGAUGUGGCUGUGGCUGUGGGGGGUGUUCAUGCGGUGGCUGUGGAAGCUGCGGCGGCUGCGGCGGCUGCGGUGGUUGCGGCGGUUGCGGCUGUGGUUGCGGAGGCUGUGGGGGUGGUUGCGGAAGCUGUGGGGGUGGCUGCUGCGGAAAUUGUGGCUGUGGAGGUGGUUGCGGAAACGGCUGUGGCGGAUGCCGCUGCGGAGGAUGUGGCUGCGGUUGCGGUGGCCCAGGCUGUGGAUGUGGUUGCGGCGGCUGUUGUGGCGGUUGCCCUGGGGGUGGCGGUUGCGGUUGUGGCGGGUGUUGUGGAGGAUGUGGUGGUUGCGGAGGUUGCGGCUGCAAAGGAGGCUGUGGUUGUUCGAACAUGGGACCCGGCAUGGGCGGCAAGGGCAUGGGCGGCAUGGGUAUGUGA